CUAUUGUUCAUCAACUAGUCGUAGAUCAGCAAUCAUAAUCAAUGUUUCAGACAUGCCGACUCUGGAAUCUGAGUAUUGCAAGCGUGCUAGCGUUAACACUGUCCAACGUGUUCCUCACGGUUCGGCUGCUGCACAGUGGCGAUUGCAACCAGUACAGCAGUGGCGAGGAUGGCGUUUCGAUGGUGCCGCGGGCCCCCAUCCUCACACCCGCCACCUGCCUGGAGUACGUGCUGGCGGAGAGCCUAGCGAACAGCACGGAUAAGGCCGUUUUUUCCGGGCUCGAUCUGCGGCUGGGACGCUGGGACACGCGCCGGUUGUACAAGAUAUUCGACUUCGCCGUGGUGGGUGAGCGUUUUCCGGAGCUGUCGGGCACCUACAGCGUCUGCCUGGCGACGCAGAGUUCGCUGGAGAAGAUCUACUCGCUGGUGCAGGUGGCGCACCAUUGGUCUGGGCCGAUCUCGACUGCCAUCUUCGCCGCCGGCAACGACGAGCUAUACCUGCUGCAGAUCUACCUGUCCUACCUACGGCUCUGCUUCCGCCCGAUCCGGGAGCGGGUCAGCUUUCAUCUGGUGCUGCCGAAGGAUCGGGCCCCGACGCACCUGAAGAGCGUGCACGUGAGCGACUUCACCAAGUUCGAUUGUGCCAAACCGGAGGCGACGCUCAACGAUCUGCUCAAGCUGCGCAAACCGGACACGAGCAAGUGGCGCAUCAAGAACCCGUACCCGCAGAACCACCUGCGCAACGUGGCCCGGAAGGCGUGCCAAAGUGGAUACGUCUUUCUGACGGACGUCGACAUCGUGCCGAGCGUCAGCUUCGCCGAGCAGCUGGACAAGUUUCUGCGGAAGCAGAAGCCGCACCAUCUGACCGCGUUCGUCGUGCCGACGUACGAGCUGGACGAGCGGGUUCGCUUCCCGCGCAACAAGACUGACCUGAUCCGGCUGGCAAACAAGGGCCUAGCGAGACCGUUCCACCACAAGGUGUUUAUCUACAAUCAGUUUGCGACCAACUUUUCCAGGUGGCAGGCGGACGUAGCCGAGAGUGACGAAACGAAAGUGUCCCACAACGUGACGAACUUCGAGUUUCUUUACGAACCGUUUUAUGUGGCACCCGACACGGUUCCACCGCACGACGAACGGUUCCUUGGCUACGGAUACACGCGGAACACACAGGUGUACGAAAUGUUCGUGGCAGGAUACCAGUUCCAGGUGCUGACACCCCUGUUCACCGUGCACUGGGGGCUGCAGAACAAAAAGAGCCGUCCGGCGUGGCGCGAGCGUCAGAACAACGUCAAUCGCAAGUACUUCGAGGUGUUCAAGCGGGAAGUGUUCGCACGCUACCACAAAGACCCGCUGCGGAUGUUGCUUCCGAAAAAGGCGCAAAAGCAGCACGGCCAGGGCGCACAGGGCGCCGUCGGUGUGGCCGCUGGAGGACCGAACGCUGGCGGCGCUGGAGCACCGGAAAAGCAUAAAUAAACCUCGCACCCUCCUCGCGGGGUCGGCCUGCCAGCACUGCGGGGGAGAAAGGGAGAAAAUCGAACGAAAAAUGUGCUCAAACAGUCACUGCUGGAAUGCAACAAUGAAUUAAAAAUGAACCCAUCGCAACGUUGGAUGGCUCCGCUGCAAAUGAAGACAUCACCCCCAACAGGCAAGGCGAUCCGCGAGGUUCCGGGUGCAUCGUAGGGUGCAUAGUACUAGCCACUGCACAGCUGCAGUAAACACGUGUUGAUAGAGUGUUCGUUUAUUGUUCUUCUUUUUCACUCCGCGCCUGAGCCAAGGUGAGCCUGUCAGCCUGCGAAAAGGAAAGGUACAUCGAAAAGCUAUCCAACAUUUAAAAUUCGAUAAAAUAUGCCGUCAAAACCAUUGAAGCGAAAAACGGUUCUAGUACACCUUAACCUUAAUCGGAUCUUCUCUCUGAUUCCGGAUGAUAUUUUUGGUGCCAUAAAAUUACGCUAAGACAUGCAAUACUAAUUAUAUCGUAUCGAGCACGUUACUCCACACACGGUUGGUUUGUUCCGAUUAGAGUUACUAUUUCCACGACAAAAGCGCAAUCCUUACAUUCUUGCGUUACGCUCACGCUCUACGAGAGCAGCCAAAACAGGGGUCGUAUAGGGCAAAAAAAAAAAAUGGGGGAAAAUCAUGAUCGAUGUUGCAAUAUAGGUAAUUUUACAUUUGUUUCCAUGUCCACACCUGCUCACAUUUACGCUGGUAUCGAUGCUUUUUAUUACUUCUAGCACUAGGUGACGUUGUUUAGUAAGGCUUUCCGUAGCUUAAGAUGUUAGCCAACGAUUCGGAAACGAAAGAAAAAUAAAACAACAAAAUAAAAACCCAACGGCCGGAGAGCGUGGGAAUGUCAAAUGCUUUGUGCUCAAAUAUAAAACAAAAAGUAACAUGCCGUUUGUUGAUGUUCGUCGAAUGUAUAUAUGAUAUUUUGUAAGCCGUAGCUACACAAGGU